AUGGUCUCGCCGGCCUCCGCGGUGGCGUGCAAGGCGCCCUCUCCGCAGCCUGCGGCUGGAUCCGGCAAUGGGUCCCUUUUCGACUCCCUUUCGCAGAGGCUCCCGGGGGGCGGGGCGUGUGUGCCCGACAGAGAGGAGCGUCCACGCAUUACUCAGUCACUUUUUAGAAACACGCGUAAAAAAACGAGGGGAAGAGAAAUCGACGCCUGCCAUGAGCGGUCUUCAGCACGGAUCUCAUUCACUACACGCGUGUCCGCGCGCGUCAAGCAGCCCCACGCCCGGAUUUUCCGCGUGCGCCAUCCACACGCAACUGCGAGGCGCGCUAGCUGUGCGCGCACGCCAACACGACGGCAGCCUGCCUGCCUGCCUCCCUUUCCCUCCUCCGGCCUUUCCCUCCGGCUGCUGACCCCCGGCCGGCCCCGCCGAGCUCCGCGCCCCGCCCAGGCCCCGCCGGCCCCCGCGGCGCCUCCCACACCCACCCGGGUUCGCGCCGGCGACGCGGCUGCUUUCCGACGCUCAGCAAGGGAAGCGCGCCGAGGUCGGGACCACCGAUCGGGCCCGGAACCGCGUGGCAAGCAGCGAGGACGGGUAGGAAGAGGUGGGGGCGACCGAAAGCAACCGGUGUUUGUGUGCGUCUCUGAACUUCUCGGAAAGCGCUUUGCCAAAACAGUCAUGGACUUGUGGUUCCUUCUGCCUCUGUGUGGGAUCUUGAUAGGAUCUGCAGUAGCAGAACCACCACAACCCAAGGACAUUCCACACGACCCAUUCAAUUAUGAUUACCACUCGCUGAGAAUUGGGGGGCUGGUUUUUGCUGUCGUCCUGUUCCUGCUUGGCAUUCUCAUUGUGCUCAGUCGACGUUGUCGCUGCAAGUUCAACCAGCAACAGAGGACGGGUGAACCUGACGAGGAGGAGGGGCCCCUGCGCAGCUCAAUUCGGCGUUUAUCCACAAGGAUGAGAUAGAAGAAGCCUGAAACUGGCUGCUCCUGACAUGUCGUUCCCCCCAUGAUCCAGUCCUGUCUCUGCACUGCACACAGCCCUCGCCUCCCUGCCCCCCAGCAAGCCGCCUGCCUUUUGCACCAAACCUGGCAAAACGCCAGGCCUGCUGUCUUCGUGGUGAUCCCAGCCUAACUUGGAAGUGCUUAGCUUGCUGUGAGACUCCGAGAGAAAGGGGUUGUCGUCCGGCGCAUUUUGCUCAAGCUUAGUCCUCAUCCUAGGCGAUGGGGGAUACUAAAUCUGCCUCCCUGGUGCUCAAACGGUUACGAUGAGACUUCCCAAGAGCGGUGGUAGAAAUGAUUUUCGGACAUAUCUAGGCAUAAAGGCUGGCAGCUCUGUCCUUGAAAAGAAAACAGAAGGGGUGUUCUUCUUCCAGAGAAGCUAGGAGCUCAUCCAAAGUGGGGGGUUGCUUCCACUGGCCUUUCAGAUUGUCACUCAGUGCAAUCUCAGUGCAAGUGCAGAGUGCAAGGCAGCCUUUUCUGACUCGGUGCGUUCCAGAUCUCGUUGGACUCCCAAUUCCCAUCAGACCUGGCCAGCGUGCCCAAUGGCCAGGGAUGAAGGGAGUUGCAGUCCUGACAACAUUUCGAUGGCACUGUUUUGGGGAAAGCUGAAGGUGAGCACUGUCUCCAGAAGUUGUUGACACCUGUCUGUCUCAAGAGACAAUGGAGUGUGCCUCGGGGGGUGAAGUCUAAUCGCUGUGUUAACAGCACCAGAGUGUCCUCCCCAGGGUGCAAGCCUGGGCAGUGUGUAUGGAGGUCCCAGGCUGCCCAGAUGGCAAGACCCCUCUCUCAGCCUUGCUGAUGUGGCCCAAAG